UCGGAAUUAACUAGUAUAGAGAAUCAAUCUAAUUAAAUGUCACAAUAUUAUAGUGAAGCAGAGUCCUAACCUUGGCCCAAAGACUAUAGCUUCAAAACAUGACGUCGACUGCGGAUGAAACCGGGGAUGUGUUCAGGCAUGAGGGAAGGAAUGCAGCAAUAGUAGUAUGUUGGUUUCUGGGAUUGGGUUCUCUUGUGGCGUGGAACAGUAUGCUGACCAUUGGAGAUUACUACUAUUCAUUAUUCCCGAAUUACCAUCCUUCAAGGGUACUUACCCUGGUUUAUCAACCGUUUGCUGUUGGAACAAUGAUACUACUUGCAUACAAUGAAGCCAAAAUCGACACUAGAAAGCGCAAUUUGAUUGGAUACACUCUCUUCUUCACAAGUACAAUGCUACUCAUAGUUGUUGACUUGGUCACAUCUGGUAAGGGAGGACUGGGACCUUAUCUAGGCAUAUGUGUACUUGUAGGUGCUUUUGGAUUGGCAGAUGCUCUUGUUCAAGGUGGCAUGGUUGGAGACAUGGCUUUUAUGCUCCCUGAAUUCAUGCAGUCCUUCUUCGCUGGCUUGGCUGCAUCUGGCGUUUUAACCUCUGGUUUAAGGCUAGUCACUAGAGCAGCCUUUGACAAAACCAACCAUGGUCUUCGAAAAGGCACUUUGUUAUUUCUUGCAAUCUCUGCAUCGUUUGAGUUCAUUUGCAUUCUACUAUACGCAUUUAUCUUUCCAAAGCUACCAAUAGUGAAACACUUCCGGAGUAAAGCAGCCUCACAAGGAUCGAAAACAGUGAAAUCUGAUCUUGCGGCUGCCGGUGUUGAAACACAAGAAGGCCAAGUUGAUGAAGUACGGAAGACCAACAAGCAAUUACUAGUAGAGAAUCUCGAUUAUGCUAUUGGUUUGUACCUGAUUUAUAUCCUCACAUUGUCCAUCUUCCCUGGCUUCCUUUAUGAAAAUACAGGAAAACACCAGUUGGGCACAUGGUAUCCCCUAGUAUUGAUGGCAAUGUACAAUCUAUUGGAUUUUAUAUCAAGAUACACUCCCCUUGUGAAAUGCUUAAAUAUUAAAUCAAGAAAGGGACUUAUGGUGGCCAUUCUUGCUCGUUUCUUGUUCAUCCCAGCAUUUUACUUCACAGCCAAAUAUGGUGAUCAAGGAUGGAUGAUAUUGCUUACUUCCCUAUUAGGAUUAACCAAUGGUCAUCUCACUGUUUGUGUUCUUACAGCUGCACCUAAAGGUUACAAGGGCCCUGAGCAAAAUGCUCUAGGUAAUAUCCUAGUGGUGUUUCUUCUUGGAGGCAUAUUUUCAGGUGUUUCUGCUGACUGGUUGUGGCUCAUUGGCAAUAGCUCAUUUUAAGCUGAGUAUAGUUAUCUUUGCAAAGUAUUUUUUAUGAUUUAUUUAUUUUCUUUUCAUAAAAAAGGAUGGUCCCCAUUUAUUUCUUAAUUUAUUUUUGCAUUUUAAAAUUUACAUGUUUCUAGGUAUAUUUCUAUUUAAGCUUAUAUAUGAGUUAAAAAAUUGUUGGGUAUUUUUUUAUCACUAUUUAUGGAUGCUUAUUUUUUGUAUAUUACACAUGAUAUUCCUAAUAAUUUAGAUUCUCCAAACAAGAUUCAAAUAUCUUGCUACAUAUUUAUACACAUGUACAAGUGACACAAAAAAAGCAACACAAGCACUGAGUUGUGGAUGUUUUCAAUAUUAUUCAUCACGGAGAAUGAAAUUCUUGCCAACAAAGCAAGAUUGUCCACAUAAUCAAUGUUACAUCUAUUAAUGAAUUUAAAAUUACAGAAAGAGAGCAAAUUUCUUGUCUUCAAAACCUUAGUAAAAACCUUAGUGCA